AUUUUGUUUCAGUCAUUACCCAGGGACAGGAUACAGAGAUUCCUAUGGGGAGUUUUAAUGGGUCGAUUCAAUUUCAUCUGGAUGACGCCACUUAGCCAAGCAUUAAGAGCUACAGCUCCGGGAAAGCAAACGACACAGAGAGGGGGAGAGAAAGAAAUAACAAGGAGCAAUAAAUCCCUUCUUUCCCAUCCUUCCCUAUAACCCAUUCAGAACACCUCCAGAAAUCAUCUACAUUCACAAAACAGCCAGUUAGCUAAGCCGAACACACUACAACCUUACUCCCUGCCCCCACUGCAGAUCAUAUACCAACACGCCCUAAGCCAUAUAAAUAAUCGCACACUAGCGGUAUCUAUUGCUCCGUAGAGAUACCCUGUGUCUACAACUGCAGUUUCUGCUGCUUCUGUUCAUCUGUCAAAUUGGAGGAGAGUGAGGCCGAGGCGGAGGCGGAGGCGGAGGCGGAGGCAAAAGAGAAGGAGGGGGAGGAGAACAAGACAGAACUAUCUCUGUUUCUGGCUCCACUGCCUGCCAGUGAAGGAGUUUUCAUUCAGACUUUCCGAGGAGAGGUGGAGAAACCUGAAGACUCAGGAGAAGAAAUCCUUUGAGCCAGCUGGGGCAUUAGUCCUUCUGCUUUUCUCAGCAUGGAUAAACCCUUUCCUCAAGGAUUUUUUCAUGUGCCCUGAGGUCCAUGUAACUACAAGGGCUCCUCUUUAUCACCAUAAGUGCCACCCUGACCUAAAACCACUCAGAGCUCCAAAAUCAAGUCAAAAUGGAUGCUGCGGUGACAGAUGAUUUUCAACAAAUUCUGCCUAUUGAACAGCUGCGCUCUACUCAUGCUAGCAAUGACUAUGUGGAAAGGCCUCCAGCCCCCUGUAAACAGGCCCUCUCUAGCCCUUCCCUUAUUGUGCAAACCCACAAGUCUGAUUGGUCUCUGGCUACCAUGCCUACUUCUCUCCCCCGCAGUCUCAGCCAGUGCCAUCAACUGCAGCCCUUGCCUCAGCAUCUGAGCCAAUCUAGCAUUGCCAGCUCAAUGUCCCAUAGCACCACUGCCUCUGAUCAAAGGCUCUUGGGGAGCAUUACACCCUCACCUUCAGGCCAAUCCAUCAUCCGAACACAGCCUGGAGCAGGGCCCCACCCAAAGGCUGAUGGUGCUCUGAAGGGAGAAGGUGAGCAAUCUGCAGGGCACCCCAGCGAGCACCUUUUCAUCUGUGAGGAGUGUGGGCGCUGCAAGUGUGUCCCCUGCACGGCGGCUCGCCCUCUCCCCUCCUGCUGGCUGUGCAACCAGCGUUGCCUUUGCUCUGCUGAGAGCCUCCUUGAUUAUGGCACUUGUCUCUGCUGUGUCAAGGGCCUCUUCUACCACUGCUCCACUGAUGAUGAAGACAACUGUGCCGAUGAGCCCUGCUCUUGUGGGCCUAGUUCUUGCUUUGUCCGCUGGGCAGCCAUGAGCCUCAUCUCCCUCUUCCUACCCUGCCUGUGCUGCUACCUGCCUACCCGUGGAUGCCUCCAUCUGUGCCAACAGGGCUAUGAUAGCCUCCGGCGACCAGGCUGCCGCUGCAAGAGGCACACCAACACUGUGUGCAGAAAGAUCUCUUCUGGUAGUGCACCCUUCCCCAAGGCCCAGGAAAAGUCUGUAUGACCUUCCCGCAAGGCAGAUUCCCAGCUUUUCUCCUUCUAGCCCCCAUCAGUAAAGCAUAGGCCUCAUCUUUGGAGAGGGGGAGGAGUGAAAAACUAGCCAAAGUUAGGGCCUCUCCUCUUUUGUUCAUGCAGUGUCAGGGAAAUGACCAAGUACAUCCUGGUGCAGGAUGCCUUGUUCUUUCUCACAGUAUCUAUCCCACUCCUCUACAGUCUUUUUACACCCCGCCAGUUCAGCCCUUACGGCUGUCAUGGCAAAUUCAGGUGAUACAUAGGUAUGAGGUUUGAACACUGAGGACUGACAGGGCCAGCAACGUGGAGGUUUAGGGGCUCCCCAACAUAAUACCUCUCGAUGCAGGCUCUGAUCGUCACUCUGUUUUCCACCGUGCCUUUGGAAGCUUUCUUCUAAUAUGGUUUUCACAGGUAUAUGUGGAACAGCGUUCAACUUUCCAGGGAAUAUGACCCCUUCUCCCUGUUACUGCCCUUCUCUUCUUUCCUCCUCUCUCCUCUUUAUUCUGUUCUGUUCUGUAUUCGUUUCCCCUUCAUUCUCACCUUCUCUACUUUUACUUUUCCUCUUUCUUCCUCCCUUUCUACUUCUCCCCUCCUUUUCCUUGCCUGUAUUUCUUUUUUUUUUUUUUUUUUUUUUUUGAGACAGAGUUUCUCUCUUGUUACCCAGGCUGGAGUGCAAUGGCGCCAUCUCAGCUCACCGAAACCUCCGCCUCCUGGGUUCAGGCAAUCCUCCCGCCUCAGCCUCCCGAGUAGCUGGGAUUACAGGCACUCGCCACCAUGCCCAGCUAAUUUGUUUUUGUAUUUUUAGUAGAGACGGGGUUUCACCAUGUUGACUGGGAUGGUCUCGAUCUCUUGACCUCGUGAUCCACCCGCCUCGGCCUCCCAAAGUGCUGGAAUUACAGGCUUGAGCCACCGCGCCCAGCCUUCCCUGACUGUAUUUCUAGCUCAUUUCAUCCAUAUUUGUCUCUCUCUGCUUGUCCCUCCUUCUCCAACGUGUCCAAAAGUGCUGUUUUUCCAUAGAUGUUUCCUUAGACACCAAACUUUGCUAUGCUACACUAUUUAUCAAUUUUGAUUAAGGGAAAUGGAUUACUGUAAUGAACUGAUCACUAGCAAUAGUCUGUAUCCCAAUGUGUGUGUGUGUGCUCACAAGCACUCUCACCUGUUUGUGAGCACCUGAGGCAAAGUUAUUUUACAUUUCCAGGUUUCAUUUGUUGUAAUUUUUCUCCCUGUCUCAAUAAUCAACUUAUCAUACUGACAGAGUCCACUAGCAUGCUGAGUAGGAUAGUAAAUCAGGACGCUCAUAACUUUGUAUGUCUGACCCAAGUGCCAAAGGCAGACGUGCUUUAUAGCUAAAUGAAUGAAGCAAAGGAUAUUACAGAGGUAUGUUCUCUCUUAGAAGCUAACUGCCCUGAGACUGCAUGGCUCAGGCCUUAAUAAUGGACAUAAAAGUCAUAAAAUGUUAGAGUUGGAAUUAAUCUUAACUAUUAAUCUAGUUCAAUGCCCCUAUUUUACAGAUGGGAAAAUUGAGGCCCGGAGAUAGGAAGGGACUUGCCCAAGGCCACACACUGAGUUAACAGCAGAAUUGGGACUGGAAUACAGGCCUUCUGACUCCUAGUUCAUUAUUCUUACCCCUGUACCACAGUGACUCAGAGGACUUUUUCCUAGGGCUCUAUUAACAGUGACAGAAAGCCAUUACCAUUCAAUUACUUUUCAGGAACCAUGCCAAGUUAGUGUUGUGGUCUUUCUCCAGUGCAUGGUGGGUAGCUAAUUAACAAUCAGGUGUCGAGGCUGCCCCCAGUGGACAUCACCUUUGGCCCUGUCACCUUGUAGAAGCUCAAGUGUGGAAAAGAAAACCUUAAAGAAGCCCUUACCAAGCUGUAUCUUCGCCAUUGCAUCUAUUCUCUGCUGCACACACUGUGCUUGCUCCUGGCUUUGCCUGCAAUGGCAGCUGCCCGAGAACUAAAAUUUCAGCAACAGUGAAAAACUGAGAUGAAAGAUGUAUAAUUCAGAGAACUGAAUUCUCUCUUAAAAAACAGAGAGCCUGUGCCGUGAACCCCCUUCAAUGGGAAAAAAAGCUGCAGUGGUGACGGCAGGCUCCUAAAGACUGCUGCUAAAAGACACAAGAGUUAUACAGUUCCUUUCUUUAAGUGAAUCCAAAAUUCACUGAGGAAUUCAGAGAUCGAGGGCACUUGCUUGAAAUCAAGGUGCUCCAACGUAGUUUAAGACCUCCAGACACUAACUUUAUAGACCAUCUCUUUUAGAGUGUGCAUGGAUGUGUGUUGCAGGGUGGAGAGGUGGGGAGAAGUGUAUAGUCAUACAUCGAGGAAGAGGCGACAUCCAUGUCCUUUCAUUGGAUACAUAGUACAGAAAUACGUGCCACUCA